UAAGUCUUCUCGCGGACGCGAAAGUUGGGCAGACUUCUUGUAAACAUGAUCUCCGUAUCCUGCAUUUUGGCGCUCGGGUUGUUUUGGUCCGCGCUGGGCACGGAUUUCCACUUUAGGGAAAAGUUGUCAGGUUUGAGGAGGCUGCAGAGGGAGUUUGGCACUGAUGAGGAGCGGCAUAGUUUAGAGAAGUCGGAGGUCUCAAAACGCAGCGCAGGACUCAAUGAACAGACUUGUACAGCUCUGCCUGCAAUAGAGUCAACCCUGCAGAACAACACGCAUUCUUUCACCUUUAAAGUGAGGACCAUGGGUUCGCUGUCACUGGCCUGGGUGGGAGAUGGAUCAGGGGUGCUGCUGGUGUUGACGACAUUCCAGGUGCCAUUGUUCAUGAUGCGGUUCGGACAGUCUAACCUCUACAGGAGUGAAGACUAUGGGAAGACGUUCAAAGAUGUGACUCACCUGAUCAACCACACCUUCAUACAGAGUGAGUUUGGCAUCGCCAUCAGCCCCGACCACUCCGGCAAGGUGAUGCUCACUGGCGAUGUGUCAGAAAUCGGGGGUUUUAAACUGUUCCGCUCACAGGACUACGGCCUGACCUUUGUUCCAACCGAGCUGCCGUUUGAGCCGCUCAUUCAGAUGCUGUACAACCCCGGAGACUGCAACGUACUGCUGACGCUCAGUAUCACGUUGGACCUGUGGCUGUCUGAGGACUUUGGUGCCACCUGGAGGAAGAUCCAUGACAGCGUUUGUUUGGUCAGAUGGGGGCCAAAAAACAGUAUUUACUUCACAACAAACUACAAUGGAUCAUGCAAUGAAAAAGGAAUGCUGGAGUUAAGGAAGACAGCAGACUACGGUCGAAGUUGCCAGACUAUUGCAACAAGAGUUUACUCCUUUGUACUGGGAGGGCGCUUUGUUUUUGCCUCUAUCAUGACUGGCACGGGUACAGAGCGUAUGAUUCACGUGUCAGUGGACGGAGGUGAAGUGUGGAACAUGGCUCAGCUUCCUACAGUCAACCACGAGCAAUUCUACUCCAUCCUGGCAGCCAAUCAGGACAUGAUAUUCAUGCAUGUGGACGACCCUGGAGACUCCGGUGUUGGAACCAUUUACGUGUCAGAUGACAGAGGAGCCGUGUUCUCCAAGUCUCUGGAGCGCCAUCUUUACACGACCACAGGAAGUGACACUGACUUCACUGCCAUUACCUCACUCAGGGGUGUCUACAUGACCAGUGUUCUCACUGAGGAUGGUGCAGUGGAGACAGUGAUCACCUUUGACCAGGGAGCAAAAUGGCAGACGCUGCGCAGACCACAGAACAGCCACUGUGACACUGAGACGUCUACCAACAGGCCGAACAGAUGUAGACUUCACAUCCACGCCUCCUACAGCACCACCAUGAAGAUGAACGUCCCCAUGCUGCCUCUCUCACAGCCCAGUGCUGUGGGCCUCAUUCUGGCUCAUGGCAGCGUUGGAGACGGAGAGUCGGCUCUCUCCCCUGACGUGUACGUGUCUGAUGAUGGGGGCUACUCGUGGCUGUUGGCUCUCACGGGGCCCCAUCAUUACGCUAUACUGGACUCUGGGGGGCUGCUUGUGGCUUUGGAGCACACCAACUCACCCGUCAGCCAGAUCAAGUUUUCAACAGAUGAGGGGCAGUGCUGGCACACAUAUAACUUCACCAGCGACCCGCUUCACUUCAGCGGUAUGGACAGUGAGCCCGGCUCUCGCUCCAUGAACGUCAGCCUGUGGGGUUACAGGAACGACUUCAGUAAAUGGGUGGUGAUAACGAUAGACUUCAGGAAGCUCCUCACCAGAGACUGUACUGAAGGGGACUAUGUUCAGUGGCUGGCUCACUCUGCAGACCCCAAUGGAUCUAAUGACGGCUGUGUGCUGGGCUAUAAAGAGACCUUCUUACGCCUGAGGAAAGACUCUGUCUGCUGGAACGGGAGGGACUUCGCCAUCACUAAGAAGCUGUCCCCCUGUGCAUGUACAACAGACGACUAUCACUGUGACUUUGGAUAUUACCGUCCAGAGAACAGCUCAGAGUGUGUGGAGCAGGAGGAGGUAAAGGGACGUCCUCUGGAAUUCUGUUUAAACGGGACCACCGAACAGCUACAGACCAGCGGGUACCGGAAGAUUCCAGGAGACCAGUGUGAAGGAGGUUUCCAGCCGGACAGGAAGGAGACAGACCUCAGGAGGACGUGCACCAGCAACGCCCUUUAUCCAAAUUCUCUGACUGAAAACAGUUCACCCAACGCCGCUGUCAUAGUGAUGGUUGUCAUAGCGAUGCUUCUGACGAGUGCUGUUGGAGGCGUUUGGCUGGUUAAGAAAUACGUCUGUGGGGGAAGGUUCCUUGUGCACCGGUACUCUGUUAUGAGGGAACAUGUUGAAGCUGAUAAAAUAGAAGGAGUCGAUGAUGUUGACACUCACUACAUGGAGACAGGAAAAGCACAGUACAAUGAAGACUCAGAUCAGGACCUCUUAGAAUAAGAGGCUCUUCAAGACUAAAUUUAACAGGUCUUUCAUGAUGCCUGGGUGUGCCUGUUGCUCCUACAUGCUGAUUAACAUCUGCUUCUCACUUCUUGUUUUCCCCCGGUGGCUGGAGGACUGAGCAGCAACUCACAUUGCUUCCUUGUACCAGUUGGGUUCCCUACAAAAAGAUGAACUGGUGGUUUUGGGAGGGAGCGAGCCCAGCGCAGAACAGAAGAAAGGCUCUGGGGUCCCUGGAGAGCUUUUGUUGUUUCUGUCACAAAGGGUUCUGUAAAGGCCACUGAGUCUCAAUACGUGCUCUGUAUGUUUCCUUUUUAUGCUGACCUGAGAAAAGAUGGCCUUUCAUAUCGUGAUCCACUGCAGAAGUACAAUACAGAGGAUAGAUAUAGAGGUUAGGGAACAGCCAAGCAACAGAACACAGAAAAUAAUAAUCAGUAUUUUAGCUCAGAGAUGUUUGCUGUCAGUUUAGUAGUUUUUAUACUCUGUAAAUUUAAAACUUGUAAGUUACAGUUGUGUUGUGCAUGGUGGCUAUUUUAACAUUAAUUUUGUCAGCUUCGUUAGUCACUAAAGUUAGGCAGCACUACUCACUAGAAGUUAGCUGUUAGCUCUUUUGAAAUUACAUUUUUUUUAUUUCUUUAUACAAUCUACUAAGAGCAGUAGUGCCUCCUUUAAUGUCAAUAUUUCUGACACAUUAUAUAGUUAUUGCUAGUAGAAAUGAACCAGAAAAGUGAUGCACUUUAGUUGUGAACUGUAAUGAUUUUUUUAUACAACUGCUAAACCAUUUACUGUUCUCCCUCCACUUUCACUUUUCAAUAGGCUAUAUAUAAUCAAUGCAAAUAUUAGUUGAAUAUUAUUAUUCAUACAUAUGUUAACAUGUGUAUGAUUUUUAAUCAUUUAAAUUACUAUUAAGUUGUUUAAAUUGAAAGACAAGUCAGACUUAAAUGUAAUUGUGACCAUAACAUGACAAAUUACCCCCACAAAUACUUUUUAGAUAGUAAAAUCCAAAUUAGGGACUAUGAGUGCUAAUUUUCGAUACAUUUUAUCAGCUACCAGGCAAAUUAUGUUGACUGACAAGAAGAAAAAUAAAUAAGUCGCGAGAAGUAAAUGCUAGUAAUGUUUAGUGCCUAAUGAAACUUCUGAAAUAAAUGUUAUAAGAGUCUGCCAUGGUUGUGAAGAUAUAAAGUGCAAACUAAUUUUUUAUACAUUGCAGCUUCAUACUUGUACAAGCAAUAUUUUCUUCUCCCCUGUAUGUGUGGUGAAAAUGAAAGACUUGAAUUAUUGCCAAAGCACUUUUAUUGUUUAGUUUUCUUAUUGUAGAGGUGAGGCUGAAGAGGUGAACCUAACUUUAUCCCAGCAUUAUAAACUAAGUAUGAAGGUAAUGCUUACCCAAACAUUUUACUUGAACUUACUGAGUUGUUGUUGUUUUUUUGCUUAACAGGGUGCACCAAUAUAUUGCUGUUAUGUUUUUUGGGGUUUUUUUUUUGUCUGAUAUCGUCCCCGUGUCAGCCAGUACUAUUAUGCAUUUGUCUAAUGAUCCUAAUGCCGGUGCAAGCAUAUCAAUCAGCAGCCUUGAUAACCUUGAUGAUAUCAAGCUGGUUUAUUUUGUCACUAUGACAGCAAACAAACAGUCACAAGAUGCUAUUUGUACAGCUGAAUUUUAGCUGUACAGACAUUUCCAGAAUUAUACUGUUACUGCUUUUUUAAAGCUUCUAUUAGACAGUGUCAUGAUGUAUUGGUGCAUCCCAAGUUAAAAAGUUAGUUUGGAUUUAUUGAAGUGGGGUUGUAUGUGAUACUUAUCCAUUGUAUUACCUACAGUAAUAUACUGCUGUGCACAGGGGCAGCAGCAAAGUGUACUGUGUUUGUCAAUGACGUCUGGUGGCUUUGAAGGAAACAGCUUCAGUUCCUUAUAAGAGCUGCCUGACAGCAAGGUAAAGCAGUGAAAAUAUUCUAAAUAUAUUGUACAUUUAAACUGAUUUUAAUAGGUGGGCCUUAUUUUGGCAUAUGUUAAA